GACCGGCAUGCGGGAAUAUUGAUAAUUCUAGAGUCUUGCAAUAUUCAUUCUUGAAGUAUUAAUCUCACGAAUAAUAUUCAGUAAUAAAUACUUUUUUUAUUUAUUGUCCAGACAUUUUUUAUUAUCGCAAUGUUAUUCAUCACUCGUCCAGCGGUUAUUAUUUUUCUACUCUCCUUUCACGUCAGUAUUGGACUGGAGCUGAAGUUUUUGAAUAUCAUUUUCCGUCAUGGAGAUCGAACUCCCAGUGAAGAUCCCUUUGAAUCAUUUCCGACUAGCCCCUACGUGAAUUCAACCUUCUGGCCUCAUGGAAUUGGACAAUUGAACAAUAGAGGAAAGCUACGUGAAUACGAAUUGGGCGCUUACAUCCGUCAGCAGUAUAAUGAGUUCCUCGGCAAGAUAUACCAUUCCCAUGAGAUCAUCACCCACAGUUCGGAUUUCGACAGGAUAAAAAUGUCUCUACAACUGGUCCUGGCGGGGAUGUACCCUCCUGUACCUGAACAGCGGUGGCACCCGACCUUGAAUUGGCAGCCAAUUGUGUGCGAUUACCUGCGUCGAGACGAGGAUUUUCUACUGUUUGCGAUAGACUGUCCAAAGCAUACAAAAGAGUUUGAAGCUGUCUUAGCUCUCCCCGAAGUCCAAGCGGAAGUCGCGAAAUUGAGUGGUCUCGCAAAAAACGUGUCUGAAUGGAUCGGAAGGCCGAUUUCCACAACCAGAGAAUUCUUGAGUCUCUACAAUGGGCUAGCGUCGUUCCAAGCCAUGGAACUUGAGCUUCCCAAGUGGACGUCCGGAAUCUUUCCGAAUGGGUCGUUAUUAGAUGUGGCCACUCUGCAUUAUCGACUCAUGAGCUAUAAUGACAGGUUGAAGGCUUUAAAUGGAGGAAUGAUCUUGAAGAACUUCACGGACAAUAUGCUGGCGAAAAUCAAUGGAGAUGGACCACCUGAUGUGAAGAUGGUGAUAGUAAGUGGGCACGAGACACAUAUUGCUCUUCUUCAACUGGCUCUCGGGGUUUACGAUAACCACCACGUGCCUCAGUACUCCAGCGCAAUUUUUGUUGAAUUGCUCGAAGAAAUGAGUAAAUACUACGUCAGGAUAUACUACUACCUAGGAAUCCCCCCCGUCCGGAAAAGAAUAAUGAUUCCCAGAUGCGACGAGCCAUGUCCCCUCGAGAAAUUCGUAGAACUUUAUGGAAAUGUGUUAACCACUGACUCCGACAUGACAUGCGAACGGCCGAAAAAACCUUAGAAAAUAAAAUGUACCUUUUCGUUUUGUAGGCGAAAUAAGUCAAAGUAUUGUUAGUAAAACUGAGACAAGCUAA